AUGGCGUCAAAUGUGACCUUGUUCAGUGUGGGACAGGAUAGAUUGGAAUACGAAGAAACUACUACAGAUGAUAAAAUUUGUGGUGGAAGCAUGGACAUGAAUAUGGCGCAUCACAUUCGGGAUGAGUUCAAUAAGAGGUACAGUGGUGUCUAUGCUAACAUGGAUAUGAUCAAUCGACUACUCAUCCCAUGUGAGAAGGCAAAAAUUUCACUGUCAUCAAAUGAUAUUGUCGAGGUCGAGGUGAAACAAUUGUUAGAGGGGGUUGAUUAUAGCAUCUCCUUCACACGCCCCAAGUUUGAGGAGCUCAAUGGCCGCCUGCAUGAGAUUGUGUUGGUUGGGGGAUGUCCAAACUUUCCCAAACUUCGAGAAGUGGUACCGGCACAGUUUAAGAGCAAGCUGCAAAUGAGGUUAAAGCCUGAAUAUGUUGUGGCUUAUGGUGUGGCUAUGAGAUAUGCUCAGGAGAAGGAGAAGGCAAAGGCUACUGAGCAUCAAGAAGUAACAGGGGAUGUGACAUCAUGCGGUGUGGUAAUGAUAUCUGCUUAUGAGAAGGAUGAUGCCCCAGUUACACGGGGUAGAUUCAAAGCUCUGGAGAGGGAUUUGAAAGCCAUUCAGGAAGAUUUUACUUGGAUUAAGGAGAGAUUAAAAAAUGCAGGGUAG